CUGGCCCGGGCGCUACGGGCCAGAGGAGAGGAUGUUCGGGCUCUGGUCCGGCCCAACGCCAAUGAUUUGGCAAUCCGGAACACGGGAGUGGCGCAAGUAACGGGUGAUUUGCUGGACAGCGAUUCGGUACGGCGGGCUGCCGAAGGUUGCGAGACCGUCUAUCACUGUGCGGCCAUCUACUCCUUCUGGUCGCGGCGACCACGCGAAAUGUACCGCUCGAACGUGGUGGGGACGGUGAAUCUGCUCGACGCCGCGCGUCGGGCCGGAGCGCGUCGGGUGGUUUUCACCAGCUCGGUGGCCACCAUCGGAAUAUCCGGCAACGGGUCGCGGGAUCCAGAGCACCUGGGCACGGAGGAGAUGCCGCCUCGGCCGGCUUUGCUGAUCGGCUAUUAUAAACAGUCCAAGUAUGCCACCGAGCAAAUCGCGUUGGCGGCCAACGACGAUGAAAUGGAGGUUGUGGUAGUCAACCCCUGCGCUCCGGUGGGGGAGUGGGACGUGAAACCCACGCCCACCGGGCAGAUCCCGUUGUUCUUCGCGCGCGGUAGGGCUCCGGGUUACAUCGUGACGGGCAUGAACCUGAUAGACGUGGAAGAUGUUGCCGAAGGACACAUACUGGCCAUGGAGCGAGGCACUCCCGGCGAGCGCUACAUCCUUGGGUGUCGCAAUCUCACCCUGAAAGAGAUUUUUGACAUGCUUUCGGAAAUCACCGGGCGGCGCGCACCCAACAUUCGGAUACCGCACUGGGCCAUAUUGGGGGCGGCAUAUUGCGACGAAUUCGUUGAAGGAACACUGCUGCGUCGUUCGCCGGCGGUUCCGGUAGAAGCGAUCAAAAUCACCAAGCACCCGAUGUACGCAAGCAGCAGAAAAGCGGUGGUUGAACUGGGUUUGCCCCAGAGCCCGGUGGAGGUGGCUCUGGAAAAAGCAGUUCGAUGGUUCAGGGAUUACGGUUACAUUUAG